GUCACAAUCCCUCGUCGCCGGUGAGCGUCGCGGUCUGGAUAUCUCUUGUCUUAUGAUUAUAUACGCAAGACUGAAAUCGGAAAAUGCUCCUGCGAACACAGGUGGACAGCUUCAACGCUCAUGUCUCUUUGUUGUCGACCAAGUAAACUUGACGAUGCGGCUGUGGCGGUGCACCGGCGUAUUUUUCGUCUCCUCACUGCCUCAGCCCUGACGCGGCUCCAAGAAAUACCGGCAAGAACGGCAGACAACACCAGCCUCCUUGCUUCAUUCCUCGUGACAAACGCCUGCAUCCACCUCCUUUCGCAUUUGCCAAACGACAUUAUCACUAAGUCAGGCAAAUCGCGCUUCGUGCGACCGAAAGUCGUUUGCUGUCGCGGUCGUUGCGACUCGCCGCCUCGCUCUCACGACCCAGCGCGAAGGCCCCAGCUUGGCUCUCAAAUGGACAUCGAUGCCUUUGGGACUUCAUCGAGCCGAACUUUCAGUUCACAAUAUUGCCUCUGUGGUCAAUGCCAACAGUCAUCUUCCAACUACAACGACACGAUCCAUCUCACGACUGCCAGUCGAUCUCGAGACGAACGAACGGCCGCGGAGGCAGUCGCUCACUCCGUGGUCAUCCUUAUGAUGUACACCGAUAAUUCAGGAUGAAGGCUGAGAGCCGAUAUCUGUAUUUUCGACAGUGCUGACGUCGGGCCAUUCUGGACGCAAUGC